AUGGACGACACUCUCCAACCUCAAUGGAACCAAACCGAACAACCUCUCACUCUCCACACACUAUCUUCCAUCAGGUCCCUUAUCAUCAACCCUUCAACCCCAAAAUGCACCGUUUCCUCAAUCCUCCAAACCCUAACUCAAUCCCCCAACCCCACUCACCACAAUCUCAACCUUCUCUCCGACCUCGCAACUCACCACUCUUUCUUUUCCCAACUCGCCCUCGACUCACUCCUCCGCGCCACCGACUCGCCCACUCGCCUCGCAGUCGAUUCCCACGCGUCCGUUUCUGAAUUGAGUUCCCCCGGAGAAUUCGAACUCGACGACAAGCACUUCGUGUCAAUGUGUUUCUUACCGGUGAUCCCUGGACGGGUAUGGAUGCUGAGAAAUGCGAGUUGCAUAUUCAGGAUUCGGCCUGCAUUGUUGUUUAAGGUGUUGUUGGGGUUUACUAAGGAUCCUUACCCUUACGUGAGAGCCGCUUCAUUGGAAGGGCUUGUUGGUUUAAGCGGGCGUGGAGAGUUUCCCGAACUAUGUUGA